UGGCUGGUUUUCAUGCUAGAUCCGAAAUAGGCUUUGAGCAAGUAAAAUUCCGCAGGUCAGUGUGUAUUCUGAUGUGAAAUAAAAUCAAGGUUGCCUAGUUGCCUUGAAGAUGUAAGGUCUUGUCGACGGACUCAAAUGACAAGAUCAAUGAAAGCAGCUCAAAGUCAAAUUGUGGGUACUCUCAAAAAUUAACAACAAUAUCAAAAUACUUUAAACAAUUAGAGACCGAGCUGUAAUUGGAUCUUCUGGGUUGAGUCUUUGACUAUCUAGACGAGAAAUGCUGAAUUUGGACUUGGCAAUUGAUUCUCCCUUGAAAAUCAGCUCACCUCUCUAUUCUUCUUCUCCUGCAUUCCCACCUGCAUAACUGAAUCUAAUAUUUCAAAGAUUCAGCUGUCUCUAGAGAGGGUGGCCGGAUCAAGUCGGAGCACCAGGGACUGGAGACAGUUAGUUAAGACGGGAGAGAAGAGAUAACAUCAUAUCAAAAAUGAUGAUGGAUUCAGGAGAGAAGCGUCUCAAUGAAUUGGGUUACAAGCAAGAACUCAGAAGAGAAAUGACGCUAUUCAAGACGCUGGCGAUAUCAUUUUCAACCAUGACGUUGUUCACCGGGAUAACACCUUUGUUCGGAUCCAGCCUUCAAUAUGCAGGACCGGCAAGUCUUGUCUGGGGUUGGGUGGUCGUCUCCUUCUUCACCUGGUUUGUUGGUAUUGCCAUGUCCGAAAUUUGCUCCUCUUUUCCGACAACUGGAUCUCUUUACUUCUGGGCAGCUCAUCUUGCUGGUCCAAAAUGGGGACCUUUCGCAUCAUGGUGUUGUGCUUGGCUUGAAACCAUUGGCCUUGUUGCUGGAAUUGGUACACAGGCUUUUGCAGGAUCACAGGUAUUGCAGAGUAUAAUUUUACUAAGUACUGGGACAAACAAAGACGGAGGAUACUUGACACCCAAAUGGCUAUUCUUGUGCAUGUACAUCGGAUUGACCAUAAUUUGGGCAGUCCUCAACACCUUCGCGCUAGAAGUUAUUGCGUACAUAGAUAUCAUUUCUAUCUGGUGGCAGGUUGUUGGCGGCACGGUAAUAGUAAUUAUGCUUCCUUUGGUGUCGUUAACAACACAAUCUGCUUCCUACGUAUUUACUCAUUUCGAGAAAGCUCCAGAAAUAACUGGGAUAACAAGCAGCGCAUACGCAGUUGUUCUAUCUCUGCUAGUGAGUCAGUACUCUCUUUAUGGGUAUGAUGCCGCUGCUCAUCUUACAGAAGAAACAAGAGGCGCUGACAAGAAUGGUCCUAUUGCAAUCCUUUCGAGUAUAGGGAUUAUUUCGGUUUUCGGAUGGGCUUACAUCUUAGCCCUCACAUUUAGCAUUCAGGAUCCAAAAUACUUAUAUGAUCCAAGCAAUGAGACUGCCGGAACAUUUGUGCCGGCACAGAUAUUAUAUGAUGCAUUCUAUGGAAGGUAUCAGAGUGGAACCGGAGCCAUAAUUCUGCUUUUCAUAAUCUGGGGUUCUUUCUUCUUUGGUGGACUGUCAAUCACUACCAGUGCAGCCAGGGUGGUAUAUGCACUAUCAAGAGAUGGAGGGGUUCCGUUUUCUUCCGUAUGGAGAAAAGUGCAUCCAACACGCAAAGUCCCCGCGAAUGCAGUUUGGUUAUGUGCAGCCAUUUGCAUUCUUCUCGGGCUUCCCAUUCUGAAAGUUAACGUGGUCUUCACUGCCAUAACUUCGAUAGCAACAAUCGGUUGGGUUGGAGGGUACGCGGUCCCGAUUUUCGCAAGGAUGGUGAUGAAAGAAGAGAACUUCAAGCCAGGACCGUUCUAUUUAGGAAAAGCAAGAAGACCAAUCUGCUUUGUAGCUUUCGUAUGGAUAUGCUAUACAUGUUCAGUUUUCCUACUUCCCACUCUUUAUCCUAUAAGCUGGGAUACCUUCAACUAUGCACCUGUUGCAGUGGGGAUAUUUUUGACGCUCAUUAUGCUUUGGUGGGUGCUGGAUGCAAGGAGAUGGUUCAAAGGACCUGUUAGGAACAUUGAUCAGGUUUCUGAUCACGAUGAUAUCGAUGUCCACCAGAAUGAUGCGAUCAAUGGUCAUGUUCGUAUGCGUAGUGGUGUUCAUAAUGGUUUGUAAAAAAAAAAAAAAAAAAAAAAACUGGGACUCAUAUAUAUACCCAGGUCAACGUGUUUGUCUACAUCGGUUGUUGUAAUUAAUAUUAUCAAACACUCGGAUCGAUCUUUAAGAAAACACUUUAAAAUCUGG